AACAAUUUUUUUAUUUCCCAAGAAAAAAACCUUCCAUUUUGAUCCCCAUGAAACAAAUCAAGCAGCUGCUACUUGUCUUUGCUUUGGGUGUUUUCAGUUGAGUCAAAAAGUGGGAAGUCUUCUGAUCAUGUCUCCAUCUCUAUCAUCAUCACCAUCUUCUUCUUCCAGUGUUUCAGCAGAGCUUAAGCUGUAUCAAGCUUUUAUAUUUUCGGUCCCCAUUUUCUUUGCAUUCAUUCUGCUUUUCAUGUUCUAUUUGUUCUAUCUUCGAAGCCAGCGUGCAGAUUGGUCAUCUCUUAGAAUGAGAACAUCCCCAGGCCUUGACUCUGACAUAUCCAUGGCCAUGGCUGAAUUGGGGCUCAAGAAAGAAGUAAGAGAGAUGCUUCCCAUCAUUAUAUACAAGGAGGCCUUCUCUAUCCGAGAUACUCAAUGCUCAGUAUGCCUUGGGGACUAUCAGGAAGAGGAUAAACUUCAGCAGAUACCCGCAUGUGGCCAUACGUUUCACAUGGACUGCAUUGACCAUUGGCUUGCCAACCACGCAACCUGUCCGCUUUGCCGUCUUUCCGUCAUUGCUUCGCCUAAAGCUCCCGAUAAAUUGCCUAUUACUCGAGCUGCAAAUAGUUAUGAAUUAGCUGUUCAACCAGUCUCCCAAAGUUUUGGAGAAACGCAAGGCGUACGACCACUAGCACAAACGAUAGGAGAUGCUAGAAUUUCCGAACACAACGGCAAUGAACGGGAUUGUGUGGAUCAGAGAAGAGAGUUUAGAGAUGCAAGGGAUGAAACCAGUGAGCAUGAGGGUAGCAGACGAAUAUCUGCUUGACAUUUUACAUCAACUGAGGCCAUCAAAUUGAGGCUGGUGACUCCAAAUGUACCAUUUUCGAAGAAAAGGAGCCAUUGAAGAUUCUGGCAUGAGGAGCUUCUAACAUUGGCAUCCCUGGGCUGUAUGCAAUUGCUUAGAGACAGACUCGUGAUUUUAUGUUUAGAGGAG